AUGGCUCAUGCCGGUCCCUCCUCGAGCGGCCCUGCACCAGACCCCUCCCCAAUCGGCCCUCCACCUCUACGUGACGAUGAAGAGCAGCACACCUAUCCACCGCGAACUCGUGAUGAGCGCCCACAUCGGCCCAGGUCUCCCGAGCCAGAACCCGAUCCCUACGAGAUCCUUGACGAGCCGUUGCCAGAAAUGGAGCACUUCGUCCCAGACUCGACCUUGAAAGUCCCGCCGAGUCGGCCGGCGUUGCCCUUUCCGCCGUUGGGCGAUGAAAAUUUGAUCUCGCCGCCACCUCACCGGACUCUUCAAUUUGGCUUGACGCCGUACGAUCACGACCGGGAAGACCGACGCACCUUGCUGCAAGAGAGAGAAGCCAAUGACCGGCAAGCGAGACUGGGGACCAAACAGGACAAUCGGCAGAUUUUCCAGGAGAGAGCCAGCGACCAACGGAACGACCGGAACAUCCAUGCCGCCGAUCGACGAACCAGGGCCGAAAUUGCCGCCGCCGACGCACGAACCCGGGCCGAGAUCGAGGCUGCCGACAGACGGAACCAGGCAAAUCUCGAUGCCGCCGACAGGUUAAACUGGAGGGAUAACGCGGUCAGGCUGGGCGUCGCCGGAAUCGCCGCGACGGCGGGUCUGGGCGUCGCAGGCUUCGCUUAUGGGGCCAACGGACUGAGAGCCGACGGCGCGAGAGAUGCUGCAAUGAUCGCCGCAGAUGGCGCCAGGGAUGCUGCCAGAAUCGCCGCAGGCGAAGCCAUUGAAUCAGGUGCCCGGAACCAUCCACGAGAUUUCCGUGCUCCGGCGGGGGUCGAACUACAUCACAACCCACGGCAGGUCGCGCCUGGAAUUAAGCCCGUGCCCGUGCUUCCGCCGCCCAACCGGCUCAGGGCUGGAGCUGGUUCCCGACGGUCAAGUCGAAAGGGAACUUUAGAUGAUCUCGACUGA